AUGUUUUUUGGCAGCUCACCGACGUCGUCGCGCGCUAAGGGCGACACAGAACCUUGCGCACAUAGAUGACGUAGGCAUCCCAAUGUCUUCUGAAAAUACUGGAGGUUUUACUGGCUUCAGAAACAGCAAAGACAUGAACUGGAAUAAAGGUGGUCCGGGUGUGAAGCGAGGGUUUGGGUUUGGAGGAUUUUCCCUUGCAGGGAAAAAAGAGGAACCUAACGCUCCUCCGAAAUCUCACACAUCCUUUGGACCCCCAGGAUCAAGUGGAUAUGGGAAAGGCCAGCAGCUCCCAUCGUUCUACAAAAUAGGGACAAAAAGAGCAAAUUUCGAUGAGGAAAAUGCGUAUUUUGAAGAUGAUGAAGAGGAGUCCAGCAGCAAUGUGGAUCUGCCAUACAUCCCAGCAGAGAACUCGCCCACACGGCAGCAGAUGCAGACUGGUGGUGGGUCAGACAGUGAAGAUGACCCCCUGGAUGCCUUCAUGGCAGAGGUUGAGAGCCAAGCAGCUAAAGACAUGAGGAAACUAGAGGAAAAAGAAAAGGAGAAAAAGUCAGCCAAGGGUAUUCGUGAUGACAUUGAAGAAGAAGAUGAACAAGAAGCCUACUUCCGCUACAUGGCAGAGAAUCCCACAGCCGGGCUAACCCAAGAGGAAGAGGAUGAAAACAUUGACUACGACAGUGAUGGGAACCCAAUCGCCCCUACCACUAAGAAAGUUAUCUUGCCGCUUCCUCCCAUUGACCACUCUGAGAUUGAUUACCCACCCUUUGAGAAAAACUUCUACAAUGAGCAUGAAGAGCUCAGCAACCUGACUGGAACUGAAGUGUUGGAGUUGAGGCACAAAUUGGACUUACGGGUAUCUGGUGCUGCACCUCCAAAACCUUGCACUAGCUUUGCUCACUUCAAUUUAGAUGAGCAGCUAAUGCACCAAAUCCGCAAGUCUGAGUACACUCAGCCCACACCGAUUCAGUGCCAGGGUGUGCCCAUAGCUCUGUCUGGACGUGACAUGAUUGGUAUUGCAAAGACUGGCAGUGGCAAAACUGCAGCGUUUAUCUGGCCCAUGCUGGUUCACAUCAUGGACCAAAAGGAACUGGAACCUGGAGAAGGGCCCAUCGCCAUCAUUGUGUGCCCCACCAGAGAGCUUUGUCAGCAGAUCCAUGUAGAAUGUAAGCGUUUUGGGAAAGCCUACCUUCUGCGCUCUGUGGCGGUUUAUGGAGGUGGCAGCAUGUGGGAGCAGGCCAAAGCUCUGCAGGACGGAGCAGAGAUUGUGGUGUGCACUCCGGGUCGUCUGAUCGACCACGUUAAGAAGAAGGCUACUUCCCUGCAGAGAGUGUCAUACCUGGUUUUUGAUGAGGCAGAUCGCAUGUUUGAUAUGGGCUUUGAAUAUCAGGUUAGAUCUGUUGCCAGCCACGUCCGCCCCGACAGACAGACCCUUCUCUUUAGCGCUACUUUCCGAAAGAAGAUAGAAAGGCUGGCCAGAGACAUCUUGAUAGAUCCUAUUCGUGUGGUGCAGGGAGACAUCGGAGAGGCCAAUGAGGAUGUCACUCAGUUGGUGGAGAUGCUGCCCACCGCGAAGGAUAAAUGGAGCUGGCUGACCCGGCGGGUGGUCGAGUUCACCUCCUGCGGAUCGGUCCUCAUCUUCGUCACCAAGAAAGCAAACUGUGAGGAACUGGCUAAUAACCUGAGCCAGGAGGGCUACAGCCUGGGCCUCCUGCACGGAGACAUGGACCAGAGUGAGAGGAACAAGGUCAUCAACAACUUCAAGAAAAAGAAUUUGCCCGUUCUUGUGGCCACUGAUGUAGCUGCUCGUGGUCUGGACAUCCCGUCCAUUCGCACGGUGGUGAACUACGACGUGGCCCGAGACAUCGACACGCACACGCACAGAAUUGGUCGCACUGGACGUGCUGGAGAGAAAGGUGUCGCUUACACUCUCCUCACCAACAAAGACACCACAUUCGCUGGUGACCUCGUGAGAAAUCUAGAGGGAGCUAAUCAAGCCGUUACCAAAGAACUGAUGGAUUUAGCCAUGCAGAAUCCCUGGUUUAGGAAAUCCCGAUUCAAAAGUGGCAACGGAAAGAAGAUGAAUAUUGGCGGAGGUGGUCUCGGUUACAGAGAGAGACCAGGCCUGGGCGCUGAAAGUUCUGAGCGCGGCGGCAACAUGUUGUGUUCCACUAGUAGCUUUGAAGGUUACAGCAAACCAGCCUCUGGGGCAAUGGGAGAUCGCAUGUCUGCGAUGAAACAAGCCUUCCAGGCUCAGUAUAAGAGUCACUUUGUGGCUGCGUCCAGCGGUCCUCCGAAGCUCAGCACUAAGUCCAACAGCUCGUCAGGCUGGACCAGUGCCGGCAGCCUGAGCUCCGUGCCGACCGAGUCCGCCAACGGUUCAGAAUGGUCCCAGGGCGCCGCCUUGUCCAUGUCCAUGUCUGGCUUCACCAGCGCUGGAACCCUGAGCUCCGUGCCCGCCAGUCAAACCAGUCAAAGCAGUUCACAGCACAGCUACCCUCCCCCUGCCCCUCCCCCCGCAGAGAGACGCCCCGCGGGAAAGACACGGGGAGGACCGGGGACGCUACGACAGUUACCACCGGCACAGUGACAGGAGCGAACGCCACAGUGGAGAGGAUCGCUAUGGAGACCGGGAUCGCCAUGGAGACGGAGACCGGGACCGGGAUCGCCACGGAGACAGAGAUCGUGAGCGCCACGGGGACCGCUACAGCGGUGGCAGCAGCCGCCACA